AUGAAUUCGGAUCGUUCAUCUCAAUCGGCCAGAAUUCUUGGGCGCGUUCGGGAGGACGCAGCCGAUUUGGCUCUAAUGGUGACCACUGCUACCCAUGAUUGGAAGUUACUGAGCGAUAAGAAUGGUACGCAACUGUACGAGAUGAAGGGUGAGUCUCUUACGAGCAAAGUGAGCACUGUUCGUACAUUCGGCAAUGGAGGAGGUGGCCAUCCGUCCGAAUUCUACAUCGCUCGAGCGGCUACAACCGUCCAAGCCGACGUCAACACAAUGUUGGACGUGCUACGAACUCAUACGUCUAAAGACUUUCGUGCUGUCAUGAAAAAGAUUUUCGGCAAACAAUUUGAGAGUGGAGCUAUCGUGGAUUCAUUGAGUUGUACAACGCCAACCUCGUACGCACCAAGCUCAGAUAAUACGGGUAACAAUGGGGCUCGGCAGAGUUCCACUGAAGACGACAAGUACAAUGCCAAUUGGAUCACUUUGAGAGCCUUCACCAAGUUGGGCGGACUGGAUGGUCAGCGAGACUUUACAAUGGUCUGCUACCAGGACGUGUUUGAGCGAAGUUAUACCAGCGACAGCCUUACGCGAAAAGGACGGCAAAUCGCCAGAAAUCCCCACCGACAGCAACUGAUGACGGGGUCUCGACUUAUCGGAGUGCAUACGUUCUCAAGUAUGAACUUUAAGGACAUUCCCGAGUUGCCAAGGUCCUCAAAGACAGAUCGCCUUCACUUCCGGAAUUCAGGUAUUGUCGUAGAAGAGUUGGUGGAGGAAGAUGCUAGUGGUCCCUUGGUACGCGUGAGUUUGCUGCUGUCGUUGAUGCCGUCGAAACUUGUGCUGAAGGAGCUUUCACAAAGUCCUCGUAUGCGGGUGGCACUGGCUGCAGGUCAUAAAGUGGCCAAAAAAUACCGCAAAUGGUUGCAGACACUAGCACUGGGCGUGAGCCACUUAGCAGAAGCAGCUAAACCUGCUGUCACUAUUCAGCACUUGAGUACCAUGACAUGGAGUAAUAGUGAUACCUGCUUCCUGUGUCUCAAGACGUUCCGCACAUUUCGGAGACGAUAUCAUUGUCGAUUUUGUGGCGAGGCUGUCUGCGGUUCAUGCUCAAGCUUUGUAGAUUUGUCGUCCUUUGAAGUCAGGUAUGAAAGCAGUGGCAGCUCAAGCAAUAUCAAAGUGGGGCAUUGUAAGCUCAAUUUACAGGCGACUAUCGAUGGCAGUAGGUGGAGCGAAAAUGCAUCUCCUAAGACUUUAAGGGACAGCAAUGAGGAGUUCUUUGAUAUUCGGGGAUGCAACACGUGCGCGUCUGAAUUGCAGAUGAAUAUGGUCAUUCGGAGCCAGACUCGAAAUCUUCAUAAGCCUAUUCUCUACAGGAACAGCACCAGCAAUAGGUUCUCACAACUUGCAAACGUAUGCCUCGAGAGAAGAGGUGUAGAGAACAAGUUUGACCAAAACUCUGGCUAUUGCAGCGUCAAUGGCUCACCGCCACCAUAUUCAGGCCAUGACAACGACUUUGAACACGAUCGAGUGGCGCCUAUGAAUGCUGACGACUAUCACCAGUGCUCAAGUCGAAAGCUGAGUUUCUCAACCAUCAGUUGCAGUUCGUUCCCUGGUUUUUUGAAUGAUGAGCGUGCUCAACUAGCACUCGGCUCAUCUAACAGUUCAGCUGAGACUAUUGGCGAUGCACCAUUUGAUGCGAGCUUAAACCGCAGAUCCAGCUGCUUCGUGAUGUCAGACACCUCGCACAAUGAGUUGUUAACUCGUGACUCGGACAUCUUGUCACUAAACGGAUUGAUGUUGUGCGCCAGGGAGUCAGCAACACAACCGGUUGUCAUUGACGAUGCUAAAGACAUAGACCUUGCGUACAAACUUUAUCACCAGCCUGCAUGCGCACUUAUCCGUGAAAGUUAUGCCACGACUGCCGCUACGAACGAAGGAAGCACCCACAGUCGAUUUUACUACUCAGGCAUGACCCCGCAAGAAAUUCAACUUGCUGAACAAGUCUUAUGUGUAACCAAAGCAAGGGACACUAUGCCAAUGAAUGACCGUAUACCACAAAGUCCUCAUCCUCAGGAUCGACCAAGUUAUGAACAGCGACCAACAAAACAGUCAAUCAAGAAGGUUUACCACAUGCCUCCAACACGACAAAGCCAUUUGUCUUCAUCACAGUCACAGAAAUCGUCGUAUUCAUCAGGCAGCACACACAGCGACCUGAUUCAAUUGAACGCUCCCCUGAAAGCUCCAGUGACAACGUCCACCGACUUUGUUGUAUUCAGUGGUAGCCGACAGGGAGAAAUACCCAACCGCGAAGUGGGCGAUAUGAUUUUGCUCGAUUUCUGA